GCCGCCACCCCCGCCGCCCCCGGUGCGCGGCCGGGCCCUGCCUCCCGCCAUGGUGUCCCGGCCGGAGCCCGAGGCCGAAGCCAUGGAUGCCGAGCUGGCCGUGGCGCCGUCGGGCUGCCCGCACCUGGGCAGCUUCAAGGUGGACAACUGGAAGCAGAACCUGCGCGCCAUCUACCAGUGCUUCGUGUGGAGCGGCACGGCCGAGGCCCGCAAACGCAAGGCCAAGUCGUGCGUGUGCCACGUGUGUGGCGUGCACCUGAACCGGCUGCACUCCUGCCUCUACUGCGUCUUCUUCGGCUGCUUCACCAAGAAGCACAUCCAUGAGCACGCCAAGUCCAAGCGCCACAACCUGGCCAUAGACCUCAUGUACGGCGGCGUCUACUGCUUCCUGUGUCAGGACUACAUCUACGACAAGGACAUGGAGGUCAUUGCCAAGGAGGAGCAGCGGAAGGCCUGGAAGAUACAAGGAGUCGGGGAGAAGUUCUCCACCUGGGAACCGACCAAGCGCGAGCUCGAGCUGCUGAAGCACAACCCGAAGAGGAGGAAGAUCACGUCCAACUGCACCAUAGGUCUGCGGGGGCUCAUCAACCUGGGCAACACGUGCUUCAUGAACUGCAUCGUGCAGGCGCUGACCCACACGCCGCUGCUGCGCGACUUCUUCCUGUCCGACCGGCACCGCUGCGAGAUGCAGAGCCCCAGCUCCUGCCUGGUGUGCGAGAUGUCCUCUCUCUUCCAGGAGUUCUACUCGGGACACCGGUCCCCACACAUCCCGUACAAGCUGCUGCACCUGGUGUGGACGCACGCGCGCCACCUGGCGGGCUACGAGCAGCAGGACGCUCAUGAGUUCCUCAUCGCCGCUCUGGACGUCUUGCACCGGCAUUGCAAAGGUGACGACAAUGGCAAGAAGGCCAACAACCCCAACCAUUGCAACUGCAUCAUCGACCAGAUCUUCACUGGGGGGCUGCAGUCGGACGUCACCUGCCAGGUCUGCCACGGCGUCUCCACCACCAUCGACCCCUUCUGGGACAUCAGCUUGGACCUGCCCGGCUCCUCCACGCCAUUCUGGCCCCUGAGCCCGGGCAGCGAGGGCAGCGUGGUCAAUGGGGAGAGCCAUGUGGCGGGGACCACCACGCUCACCGACUGCUUGCGUAGAUUCACCAGGCCAGAGCACCUGGGUAGCAGCGCCAAGAUCAAAUGCAGCGGUUGCCAUAGCUACCAGGAGUCCACCAAGCAGCUCACCAUGAAGAAGCUGCCCAUCGUGGCCUGUUUCCAUCUCAAACGCUUCGAGCACUCGGCCAAGCUGCGGCGCAAGAUCACCACCUAUGUGUCCUUCCCCCUGGAGCUGGACAUGACGCCCUUCAUGGCCUCCAGCAAGGAAAGCAGGAUGAACGGGCAGUACCAGGCACCCACUGACAGCCUCAACAACGACAACAAGUACUCGCUGUUUGCUGUGGUGAACCACCAGGGGACCUUGGAGAGUGGCCACUACACCAGCUUCAUCCGGCAGCACAAGGACCAGUGGUUCAAGUGUGACGAUGCCAUCAUCACCAAGGCCAGCAUCAAGGACGUGCUGGACAGUGAGGGGUACUUGCUCUUCUACCACAAGCAGUUUCUGGAGUACGAGUAGCCUCGUCCACGGCUGGCCAGGAUGGACGACUGCCACACGUCGGCGACCUCGCAGGCGGCCCCGCACCCGGAUCUUCACAGGGUGGCCGCGGCAGUGGCACAAUGUGGGUGGGCUGUCCCUGCAGUGCCCUCACCCUGCCCCGGCCGCAUACACCCAGGGAUCCGCAACAGUGGACAGACGGCCCAGGGCUCCCACCAGCCCGCGUCACACUCCCUGCAUGUUGGAAGCGCUGGCUGGUGCUGUCCAGGGUUUUCUAGAAAUAGGCUUUCCCGACCCCUCCCUCCUCUGUUUCCAUGGUGAUGGGCCAUGGCAGAGCCUCGGGCACCGAGUGCGGCCGGUUGUGUGCACAGGGUGGUGGCUCCCCCGCCCUCCCCGUGGGCUUUGCUUCCUACUUGGUGCUGUCUUCAUGGCUGCCCUUCCAGAAGCUUCUGGGCCCAGGGUCUGCUGUUU